AUCUCUAUCUCCUCCCUUUUCUGUUCUCCUCUUUUAAUCCCGCCGUUAUUCUUUCUCAAUUUCUUUCGAUUCCUGCGAUUUUCUUUGUUUUUAUGAAUUUUUGAACUGCUUUGGCGAAUUCUUUUUAUUGUUCCCCUAAAAAUUUGUCGAAUUUUUUUGGGGUACCCAAAUGGCAUCGUUGUUCGAUUCUCCGGAAUUUUAUUUUGUUUUAUUUGUUUUGGAAGAGGUUAGGUGUUACGGAUACGAAUAUGGAUUGUUUCUGUAUGUCUUUUUAAAUUGAGGCCUUUCUCCUGGUUUGUUGCGCGAAUGGUUGGCUGAUUUGUGGUGUUUAAUGCGAGAUCGGGUUUUGUUGGUUUCUAUUCGUAGAAAUUUGGUCGCUUUCUUUACUGAAUUAGUGUUUUCUCGUCUAACUUGUUUUCAGAGUUUUUUAAAGAUGACAACUUUCGUCUCAAUUUCUUCUUUUCUUUUGGAUUUAGCUGAUUCUUUGGUUCUGUUUACAGGGAAUUUUAAUCUCUGAACUGUUUCCUAUGAUUUGGAUUCUGGUUUAUGAUCAAAAUUAAGUUUUGAAAUCAAUUUGCGUUGGGUAGGGUUGCGUUUGUUGUUGGUCCUGUAGGUUUUGUAGAAGCUUUCAGUUAGUGACUUAUGAUUUGUGAUUUAUUCAUCUGCUCAUGGAUUAAUGUGUGGAGACAGGUUAGUAGACUUUCAUCAUUAGCUCCCUUUAGGAGGGUUUUGGGGCUUUUCUCUAUGGGUGCUCCCAAGCAGAAAUGGACAGCAGAGGAAGAGGCUGCUCUCAGAGCUGGUGUUGUUAAACAUGGGGCUGGAAAAUGGCGAACAAUAUUGAAAGAUCCCGAAUUUAGUGGCGUCUUAUGUUUGCGGUCAAAUGUUGAUCUUAAGGACAAAUGGCGGAACAUGAGUGUGACUGCAAAUGGAUGGGGAUCUCGAGAGAAGGCCAGGAUAGCCUUGAAGAAGAGCCGGCAGAUUUCCAAGUAUGAUGAUAUCCCAAAGGUUCUCAGUACAGAAGUUCAGGAUAUCGAUGAUGAAAUUGUUGACUCCAAGCCUCUUUCAAUGUCUAGUGAGAGUUUAAAAAUUAGUGGUUCUAAAAGAUCUAUCUCAAGGCUGGAUGAUCUUAUAAUGGAAGCUAUUACUAAUUUAAAGGAGCCCACUGGGUCUAACAAGACGGCUAUUGCCAUGUUUAUAGAGGAACAAUACUGGCUUCCUCCAGAUUUCAAACAGUUGUUGUCUGCAAAACUGAAGGCAUUGACUGUGAGCAGAAAAUUGAUCAAGGUGAAACGCAAGUAUAGGAUAGCACCGAUUUCACCUUUUUCAGAAAGAAGAAACUCAAAGACAUUGCUUCUUGAGGGAAGGAAAAUGGGGCCUUCCAAGCUAGAAAGGGAUGAUAUCAAGAUCCUCACAAAAGCUCAAGUCGAUGCUGAAUUGGCACGCAUGAGAAAUAUGACUGCAGAGGAGGCUGCAGCUGUUGCUGCUAAGGCAGUUUCGGAGGCAGAGGCGGCCAUUAAAGAAGCUGAAGAAGCAGCCAGAGAGGCAGAGGCUGCAGAAGCUGAUGCAGAAGCAGCAAAAGCUUUUGCUGAGGCAGCUAUGUUGACGCUGAAAAACCGAAAUGCAGCUAAAAUGAUGGUUCGAGUUUGACAAUGAACAACUGGGUUAUUCAGCUGUUUCCUCAUUUUCUCCAUACAGAAUUGUCAGACGUGUUGUCUUUUUGUUUUGUCAGAUGUAAUAUAUGGUCAGGGUCUGUAUAGCUUGGAUGAUGCAGGUUUCCUUGGGAACCCUUUCUUCGCUCAUGAUCCCAGGCUGCAAGUAGCCCGGCCAUCUUCAGUUCCUUGGGAUCAGCAUUUCAUGUUUCCAUGCUGUCAAAAGUGUCCAUUGGAAUUGAUAGAGAAGUGGGCUAUCAUCAACUGAAAACUUUGAAAUAAGUCAUCAUUGGGAAUUGAAUUGUUUUCUGUUGUAUGUACUUUCCCAGGUUUUGCUGCAGAAUUGAAUGGACAAAGCGGAACUUUAAACUUUAUUU